AUGGAGCACACAGAGCUUUCUCUCGGCCCGCCUCGAUCAAUCUUCAGUGCGGAAUCAGAUGCGAUUUCCACGAUGAAGAGGAAGCAACAAUUGAUAUGUUGUAAUCCAGUGAGCCAACGCAGCAGCAUUGACCUCCAGCUCAAUGAUCCCCUGCCACUAGAUUGGGAACAAUGCUUAGACUUAGAAUCAGGAAACAUGUAUUACCUAAACAGGAAGAAGAUGAAGACGAGCUGGAUGAGGCCAAAGGAGGCGAGCAUGGAGUUGGACCUUAACAUCUCAGCGCUUCCAUUUUCUGAAGGGAAGGAAACAUACCCAGAUCAGGAAAUGAAGCAGGGGUGCAGUUCGGGUGGCAACAUGGUGGCAUUAGUCUGUGUCAAUUGCCAUCUUCUAGUCAUGAUGUUCAAAUCUUCACCACUGUGUCCAAAUUGCAAGUAUCUGCACUUGCUGCAGUCACAAGAUGUGUCUCGCCGUAAUCUGGAAGCUGUGAAACCCUUGGAAACUCUGAGCCUCCUCCGUUAACUGUGGACAUGAGCACGUAGGUUAGUAGAAAAAAAUAUAUAAUAGUUGUUUGGAGCCCUGAUAAUAAGGUCAGGUGAAAAAUGUAAGGGAAAGAGAAGAACUGUCAAUACGAUCGAAUGAAAUCAGCUCCAUGUUCAAACGCUUCAUGGGCCAUCUUUUCAUUAAAUGAAGAGACGUACCUCGGGAUAUGAAAAACUCUGACUGUACCUGCAUCAUAAAGUGACAUAAAUGUUGUUCUGUUUUA